UCAUAAUUAAAAAUAUAUUAUAGUCUGGCAACUCACUAGAAGUUUUGAAAUACAUGCCACCCGUGACGAAAACUUCAAAAUCGGCGAAAAACAAAACAAACGAAAGUAUAAUUACAAUGAGUGAUGUGAAGAAAGAGGCCAAAUCCCUGUUGGACAGAAUUCUGGGUGACAUUAAAAAGAGUUCUGCCACCAAACAAAUUGUUUUGGGAACAUCUUCGGGAUGGGCGACGGGAUUCUUGGCCAUGAGAGUGGGAAAAACUGCAGCCCUGGCAAUGGGCGGAGGUAUCCUUUUACUGCAGAUAGCGAAUGAACAAGGCUACAUCAAUAUUAAUUGGAAUAAAGUUAACAGAAACUUGGAUAAAGUCGCGGAUAAGAUCGAGGAGAAGAUUACAGGUGAAGGACCAUCUUGGAUGGAUAAGACUGAGAGGUUCAUCGAUAGGAAAGUGGACCAAGCUGAAGAUCAGAUUAAGAAAGGUCGAAAAAAAGCUAAGAGCUGGUAUUCGGGAAUAUCGGGAAAUGGCUGGCAACUCAGGGAAGUUCACAUUUUUGUGGUAUCUUUCGUGGCAGGUGUAGCUAUUGGAAUAGGGACCUCUUAGAUGGGAGUACAAUUAGCACAACUCAGAUAUAUACCUAGAUUAUUAGGCAUGAAAGUAGUUUUUGGAUCUGCGAAUUGUAAAUAUAACUGCCUGACUGAUAUAAUAUUCGAAUGCAAUUGACUAUUUUACCAGUGAUAACAAAAUGUCUUUGAAAACAAGGGGCUAUAAGUUAAAGUUACUGUGUCAUAAAGGUGUGUAGCAACAAUUCCUUUCUAGUUUUCAUUUAGUAACAAUUACGAAUAUUCAAAUAAAUAAUCUGAGUAUUUGGGACUUGAACUGAAUAAUUUUUCUAGUCUUCACUAUUUUAUUUGGGAAUUUGAAUAAAUUAUACCUUAAAAGGCUUUUCAUUUUACUCAUUUUAGACUGGUGGUAGAAUAGUCUCCUGUUUUCCUAAUGGUAUUUGAAUAUAAUGUAUUCUUUUUGCAUUACUCUUAUAAUGUAUUUUUGUAGAAUAUUAACUCCUUAGUUUAAUAAAUGAUAUGAUAAUAUUA